CCCAUUAUGUUCAAUUUAUGGCCCAGUAGAAAGCCCAAUAAUUGGAUUUUUAACCUUUCUGUCUCUUCCCUUUUCAGUGAAUCAAACAAAACCAAAAACCCUCCGAUCUAAACCCCCUCACCACCAUUUCAGCUUGCAGCCGGCCAUGGCGCAUCGACGUUCACUCCACUCGCUGGCUCGCCUCAUCUCGUCAUCGUCCACCGUGGCUCCGCGCUGUACUGUGAAAUCACUCGCCUCGAUUCUCCCGAAUCAUUUCUCCACGGCCGCAAUCAGCUCGAGCUCCGAUUGCAUUCUUCCAGACUCCGAAGCCACUUCUUGGUGCAGCAGCCUCUUCUCCCGCAACCGAGCUCGCCAUUUUUGUUCCAGCUCACGAAAAGAUGAUGACGAAGGCGAAGACGAAGAGGACGGCGGCGAGGAUGAUGACGAGGAGAGUGAAGGAGAUUACAGUGAUGAAGACGAGGAGGGAGCUAGGGAGUCGUCUGAUUCUAAUUCGAAGCCGAAACCGCCGCCGCCGGGUCCCGUAGACAAGGUGGCUAGGGCUGCUGAGAUUGGAUACAAAGUGGUCGGCAAGCUACGGCCUUCUGAAAAAGUAUUCAAACCGUACGAGCCUGUUUACGCUGUCGUUCAGAUUGGGUCUCACCAGUUUAAGGUCAGCAAUGGGGAUACUAUUGUCGCCGAGAAAUUGAAGUUCUGUGAUAUAAAUGACAAGUUGAUUCUCACCAAGGUUCUAUUGUUAGGGUCAGCAACCCAAACAAUUGUUGGUAGACCGAUUGUGCCAGAUUCAGCUGUUCAUGCAGUUGUUGAGGAGCAUGCAUUAGAUGAAAAGGUAAUCAUCUUUAAGAAAAAGAGAAGGAAGAACUACCGCCGGACUAAAGGACAUCGUCAGGAAUUGACUAGAUUAAGAAUCACUGACAUUCAAGGAAUUGCAAAACCCGAAAUCAAAGUAGAUCCUAAACCCACGAAGCCCACGAAGCCUUCGAAGCCUACAGUUGAGGAGCAAGAACAGGUUGCAGUCGCUGCUUAGGAAUCAUUCUGUCUUCUUGGCGGUGAUGCUCCCUGGGCUUCUGAGGUCAGUUAAGAGUUCUGCAAUGCUGUUUUUAGUUUGGCAGAGUACCUUUAGAUCCAUUAAGCAAAGAGGCUACUGGGAGGACAAAGUGAACCAUCCAAGAAGAUGGUUGACUGGUUGAUUUGAUGAAAAUAUACUACAUUCCCCUUUGAGCUACUUCACUCUACUGUAUUUCUUGUCUGCAUCUUUUGGUAGCUAUACUGCUUUUGUCCGUUUAGUGUAGUAGAAUUUGUCAUAAUAGACGAUUAAUUGAGGAUCAAAUAAAGUAUCCUUUUUUAUAUGAGACCUUGAUCUUCUGUUAGGGGUUUGUGAUGCUUGAAACGGAUUUGGCCUUAUCGGGCUAAUACUGAUUAGUGAUUUCAAGCACGAGCCUUAGGCUUGAAUCACUGACAUCCAAGAAGAUGGUUUAACUGAAAGUUGCCCAUCUUCAUGGUAAAUUUGAUGAAUGCAGAUAUGUCAAUUUCGACUUUGCUUGUUCAUGCUGAUCUGUUUAGGCCGGGUAUUAACUGGACCUGCAGGUGGGGUGGGUGUGUCGUAGGUAUUCUUUCAACUUGUCAUGUUCGGUAUCCGUCUUAUGAUACUAUCGCGUCUCUUCAAAACCAUGUUUGAACUCGCAUGUAGUUCGUAGUAAGUACGAGCCUUUACGUCUCAAACAACUCAACUUCAUUCGUGUGCCUCUCAUCUCUUCUCCUCAGCUAUAAAAUGUGUCUCUUCAUUUUUUUUCCGAUGCAAGUGUUGAGUCAUUGCUUAUAUUUGAUGGAGAACAAGAACGAGUUGAUUUGUUUUGCUCCGGUUCCUCGAGUCAAUCGAAACGACCCAUGCUGCCCUACCCAUUUGUUCCGACUGGUUUUUUCAUAUUAGUAUCACAAUUCAUUUCAAAUUAACGGGUGUUGAGUAACUAUCUAGUGUGGAUUGUGUACAAGUAACGAGUUAAACCAGGUUGUCUAAUCGACUCAUUAGGGUUUAUGUGAUCAUCUUCAUCUUCAUUUUCAUUAUUAAUUGCAAGCUAAAGAUUUGAUUUUGAGAUCAUCAAACGACAAGAAGGAAUCCUUUUAAAUAAAUAAAUAAAAGUCAAGCUGUACUGCGUGCAAAUUGUGCAUGCAAGGUGUAUAUAUUUAGCCUCACUCACCAAUCCACUAACGAAAUUAUUCCUUUGCAAGAAUUCAACAAUACAAUUGCAUAAAAUAAUUCAGUGGUGCUUGCAAAAGAGCAAUUUAACAGUGGAUAGUCGGUGUGACGGUGUCAAAUAUGUAGAAAGGACAAAGAGAGAUUGGACAGAAGACCAAUGGAUUGCUCAGAAUUAUGUGUUUUGACUUUUGAUGAUGCAUAAAGGAGUGUGAGCUAAGCCCGAUUACCAACCGAAUUGAAAAUUUGUACACGACGAGAGUCGAAAAUUUGGAUGAUUCAUUAUUAACAAUUAACACUUCAAUACCAACAUUUCAAAAUGCUUUGUCAUAAUCCAUCUUUCAUACAUUCCAAUGAUCCAGCAAUUCUACAUCCAAAAGAUCAUCUCUUGUAAUCCUAAUAAAGUAAUAAUGCUUAU